GAGAUAUAUAAUAAUAUCAAGAUGCAAGAAAUCGUCGCUUCCGUCACCCAUAUGCGGUUUGACAUUGAACUUGCACUUGAGCAGCAACUUGGGUCACAGCCACUGCCGUUUCCGGGGAUGGAUAAAUCUGGUGCAGCUAUUUGUACAUUUUAUCUCAGCAACAUCUGCAGCAAGGGGACAGCAUGUCCCUAUCGACACAUCAAAGGGGACAGAACUGUUGUGUGUAAACAUUGGUUGAGAGGACUCUGUAAAAAGGGAGAUGACUGCGAGUUUCUACAUGAAUAUGAUUUAUCAAAGAUGCCAGAAUGCUACUUUUUUUCAAAGUUUGGUGAAUGUAAUAACAAAGAAUGCCCAUUUCUACAUAUAGACCCUUCAGCUAAAAUUAAAGAUUGUCCAUGGUACGAUCGAGGCUUCUGUCGACAUGGUCCAAAGUGUAAAAACCGCCAUGUACGUAGAGUAUUAUGUCAGUGUUACUUACAGGGCUUCUGUUUGGAUGGACCAAAGUGUAAAUUUAUGCAUCCUAACUUUGACUUGCCAACAUAUGAUCCGACAACACAAGCCAAGAAAGCCACCAUUGUUUGUCAUAUGUGUGGUGAGACAGGUCACAAAGCUAUCAGCUGUCCCAAGGGCAAGAGUGGAGAGGGCAAGCCAACUGUGUUACACGCCUCACCGGUUGGAAGACCAAUCAAUGUACAGACACAACACUCAGAUCCUCAUGUUCACCCGGAACGAGGGGAAGGCAAUGAUCCUAGGCGACCUCUAGAUCAAGUCACAUGUUUCAAAUGUGGAGAGAAAGGUCAUUACGCUAACAAAUGUCCAAAAGGUCAUCUAGCUUUUCUUAGUAUAAAUGCACAAUGAUACAGUAUUGAGUGAGAUUUGACUUUUGCAUUACAAAUGGAGGAAUAAACCUCAUGGAUUUAAACUGUUUGUGGCAAGACCAAAUGGUCAUGAGUUGAACAACUCAGUGGCACAAGACCAUGAGGCUUAAGCAGCAUGAAGAAUAACUGACGGGUAUAAGAAACAAGACCUACUACAUGGUAUACAGUCACCCCAGGACACAUUCUAUUCUUGAGGAUGAUCCUGAACUGCUUGUUUCCAGAAACACAUAAUAAUGCAUGGUUAGCCUGGUUAUACAGCUUCACAGUGUGUCCAAAUUACACAACCUGUUGCGACAAACAUGGAGGGAGUCAUCAAAUUUAUUCUGUAUAAUUUUUGGAAUUAACUUUACACAUAAAUUAUGAUUUAGUAAUUUUAAAUAGACUUAUACAUGUAUAUGCAAAGAAAAAGUUAAGGAAGUACAUGAAUUAAUUUUUUUUUAUUUGGAACCUGGAGUGAUAAUUUAAAAUUCUGUCUUUAAAAGACGUGUCUUUGCAAAGAAUCACAAGAUUUGAAUAUUGACCCCAUUAUAAGGAAUGGAUGGACUUCUGUUUCUUAUAACAUGUAAUAAUAGUAGAAAAAUAGUAGCAUGCUUAAUUAAUACCUUGUUCAGCAUCUGCAGUAAAUUAGGUGGAGUGGGAGGUUUUUGUUCACAAGACACUUGUACUUUGGUGAUUUCCCGGGAAGAGACAUCUUUGAAAUAGGAGCAAAUUUAUUGUAAAGAAGGACAAUCUUUGACUUUUCAAUGUCUACUUCUUCAUUUUAUCAAUUCUGCAUGUUGUGAAUGACAUACCUGUCGUCUUUCAUCACUAUGUUCAUUUACAAUUUUCUGUAAGUACUAUAUAAGAGAUCAAUUGUUUAUGAAAUGAUUAUAAACUUAAUCUGUAUUUUGAUGGUACAGGACUUCAGGUUAUUUAAAUACUGCUAUUAGAUGGCCUUAUUAAAUUGUCAACAUAGUUUGAUGGCCUAAUUAAAUUAAUUACCAUCAAAAUUGAUUUAAUAUUAAAUGCAUUAGUAUGUUUCAAAAUAUUUUGUCCAUGAAUAAACUUGAAAUUGUAUUCGUACCAGAAUACCAUUUAAUGUUAUUUUACAGAGAAUGUGAGACUUGUUAUUUUUGUAACAAUAAAAAUGAAAUAUCA